AUACAAUAGAGAAGAUAAUGGAGGGGAUGGGAAAAUCAGUUGGUUCAAUGUUGUACAUAUGGGUUACACGCAUCGUAUCUUGCUAACAGCCCGCUAUAGAUUGACACAGCGACCCGAGAAGAAGGGGUUACACUAAGUAAAUGGGAAUUAGCCGAGGAUCUCGUUUGCAAUAAUAAUGUAAGGUACCUAUCUAGUCGUUAGUAAUACUUGGUAUGUGAUCACGUGAUACCCCUUUCCCUCACACGCAAGUUGGGCAUGCAUGCAUAGGUACAUAUAUGUCACUACCUGUUGCAUGGCUAUCUGGAUGCCCGACUUAUAAUCUAAGGAGGUGGAACCCAAUCACGUUUGUCUAGGCUACUGCAUUAACCUUAACUCUGGUUCACGUGAUACACGGGUUGUGCGUUUGCAUUUACAUGCAUUUGUGAAACACUUCUGUUUGUUGAUACUGUAACAACUCCAUUCAUUAAAAUACUCCCGCUCAUCACUCUCUAUCACUUUCUCUCAUAGAUGGUAACUAUCUGAUACUCAAAUACACUCAGUGAUCAUGCUGCAAUUCGGAGACAUUCCAUUUGGCCUUGCCGCUGAGAGUGGAUGCCCAGUCUGUUACCCAAAGCUGCAGCCGCAGACGCAACUGCUCCUAUGUAGCGGCUGUAAAGUCGUCCAUUAUUGUGGAGCGGAACACCAGAAGAAGCACCGUCGCAAGCACAAGGCGGCAUGCAUUUCCAUUCUCAACAGCCACGAAAAAUUUAAGAAAGAGGAUGCCAUACUUCGGGCCCGGCCAAGUAAUCCUUUCGAGAAUGGCGUGGGCAGGUUCUGGACUUUGGCAGGGACUCAAGAUUACAUGAACGCUCGAUUUGCAGCUGCCAACGCUCUGCUUCAGGUCAACACAAUUAAAGCUGUCGAGAAGGCUUUAGCUCAUUUUCAGGACAUGCUGCGACUUGAUCGGUCCGAUAAUCUAGCCAUUCGAGACUUCGUUCCUGGCCUCUUACUUCGCCUGGGACGAGAGCAGGAAUGCUAUGACUUUCUCAAGUGGUGGGCUGUCAUCGACGAUGAGCACCACUACAAUGGUCACUAUGAUUGGAGCGAUGUAAGUCUGCCAUAUCUUGACAUCCGCGGAGCCGAUGCGUUUGAAGCAGUGGACGCUUUUGCUAGCAGGUUGAGUUUCAGCCAGCUUGUCAUCCUUGCGCUCCUGAAGCUGCGUUUAUCCCUCGACAUUGAGUGUUAUGAUCCGCAAUAUAUGGAUUCCGAGUCAUCUUGGCACCCUUGGCCCCCUUCUAUCACAGAAAUCAUACGACCGAUUGGAGAAAUUGUCCCGGAGAAGGUCAAAACAAUCACGAGUUCAGAUGUACCGGGAAUCUACAAGUCACUCAAUGAUCAAUUUCAGGCUUUGAUAGGAAUGGUACACAAGAAAAACUCACUGUUUUGGGACGCUUUAUUGGACGCAUCGGAAGGCGAAGUAUCGGCGUUUCCAUCGGAUCGUCCUGAUGGCAUUCAGGAGGUCAUUUCGGCCAUCCAUAGGUGCAAGAUGGCCUGGGAAGAAAGUUAUGAUGCCAUCACAAUGAUUGGAUCGGAAGUUGCCAAGUUUACUAAGGUGUACAAGGGCCCCGCUGCUGCCUCGGGUGAUGUGAAUACUGGAAAAGUCGCGGUAACCUCAGAGAGACGAAGAGGUUCUGGCAAAGCAUUCCCAUCCAAGUUUUCUGCACCCACAGCAGAUACGCGACCAGACACCCUGUUCCCGCCUUCACCGACUGGUAAAGAUCGAGCAUAUCAUUUCGUCCAUCGCAAUAACCAGAAAAAGGCUCUCGCAUAUGCUGACGGAGCAUGUUCAGACAAUGGACAGCAGAACCCACAGGCAGCCUGGGCCACUGUUCUUCGCCCAUCCAUUGAUGACAACAUCCUUCCAUGCAUUGAAUCAGGUCGACUAGAGCUCAAGGGCCCCUUUGGAGACGAGAGUGUGGCAACUAGCAAUCGGGCAGAGCUUCGUGCAGCCAUAGCCGUCUUGCGUCGCAAGGACUGGCGAGCUGAUGGGUUCACUAGUGUUGUCAUCGCAACCGAUUCGUCUUAUCUUGUCGAUGGUGCCACUGGGUGGGCGAGAGGCUGGGUUACAAAUGGAUGGAAGACGCGAACUGGCGGGUCCGUCAAGAAUAAAGACUUGUGGGAACUUUUCCUCGGCGAAGUAGAGAAGUGUAGGGAGACGGGUCUAGAAGUUGAACUUUGGAAAAUCCCUAGGGAGAUGAAUGAAGUUGCCGACGCCGUAGCAAAGGAAACCAUCUCCGUGGCGGCAAUCAUACCCGAAUUUGAGAAUAUGCCGCUUGACUCAUCAGCAGCUACUGCCACAACUCCAGGAGAGCCUCAUGUCCUUUGCCUAUGCUUGGAGUAUGAGAGCAUGUUCAACGAUAUGUAUGCAAGCCUAAUCUCGAGGAUUACCGCCAAGGCCAAGUUGGACCGAGCCAGGACUGAAAAGGCCGCCUUGGACAUGCUCACUCAGAACCCUCCGCCAUCGGUGAUCUUGGUCACUGAUGUAGGUGUUGUGAAACACAUGAAGGUUUGGGAGCGCGUCAUUGAUUGUCUUCGCGGAGGAUCGAGGGUGGUACUUGCAGCGACCUUCAGUUCAUUCGUAGAUGCGGGCCAAUUCAAUCGUUGCUUUGCUAAGGUCGGUCUACCCUGGAAAAGAGGGGGUUACCAUCGAACAGAUGUCAGUCUGUGUCCCAGCGCUGUCGGUGAUCGCCUAAAGGAACAGCUCCUUCCCACCUAUAGUCAAAAGGCCCUUUAUGUCGAGGGAGUGGCUAGAUCGGAUGUAUGGUACAUUGGUCCGAGUGAUGAGGUGCCUGUGGCUUUUACGAAAGUUGGGAAAGGCAUGCUCGGUUAUGUAGGAGAUGUGAACGGUGAAGAUGGCUCUGAAGCGGUGGUACUCGCUAUGCUUGGGCUGUUGAACUGAAUUAUGAGAUACUGAAGUGAAGAAAGCUGACAGAUACCUAGAGCAGUUGUUGCAGCCCUCAAAUGAUUGCUACCUACGGCGGGCAAAUUACGACCCUGCAGGAUUGCUUUGCAUGCCGAUGUCCAACCUACACACAGCAAACAGGACAUUGACGGUAUUUAUAGGUAAUAAAAAAUAAAAUUAUACAAAGCAUCAUUAAAACCCCAAUUCUAGAUAUAUCCGCAUAUCUAAAUUAGAGGAGCUGGCACAUGUAGUAGUUACUAGCCCAUCCAAAGCCUCCAUUUUACCCUAAAGGGUUCCAUACCAACUCUUAAACAUGUGUGCAAAACACUCCAAACUCUUUGAGAUUGUCCCCCUUUCCAACCAACUCACGUACAUGAGCCCCUACUUAGGCUAUAUGCCUAUAUCCGAUGAGUCUCUAACCAUGGUCUCAUAAGUACUGAACUAGUU